CUCUCUCUCUCCCUCUCUCUCUCUCUCUCUCUCUCUCUCUCUCUCACAUACAUGUGCGUGUGUGUUCCUAUCUGUUUUCAUAGCUCUGACGGGAAUUGAUGUUUUCUUACUGGAAUGAUUUUGAUAAAGGAAAAGUAGUGUGUAUAUAUAUAUUCUAAAAUCAUCCUUGUAGGUUAUCUAUGAUGGUCAUUUCCCAUCUAAGCAGAUUUGUAUUCCAUAUUUAUGAUAUAAUCCUUUUAAGUUUGUUGCAACAGUUUAUCUUCCAUAUGUCCUUUAUAUUCAGAAGGUUGAGCAAGGAUUUGUUCUACUUCUUAUUGAAGACUAUUAGAAUGACUAAUUUGGGCUUUAGCUGGAAUGUCAGUUUAUUUUAGUUAGUUGAUUGUCUAUAAGGAUUCAAAAUGGUGCAAUAUUAAUUUGAAGUUGUGAUGAAAUUUUAAUAAAGAAUAAGGAACAAAUCACACAAAAAAUAAAAAAUAAAAACCAGCCUACCUCCAUGGUGAGAAGAAAAUAAAUCCACUUUCAACAGAUGACGAAGUUACAGCCCUCAUGACUUCUCUACUCUCACUUUCUCUAUUUCUCUAUUUCUCCUCUGUAGACUUCCAUAUACAAAUAUAUAGAGAUUUUAAACUCAAUUCCAGGAUAAGAAUAUAUCUUCAUAAGAAAUCCUAUCUCAUUUAGAAAACCUUAAAAUAAGUUCUCUUCUAUAAUAAAAUUGAACAAAUGGAGAUCUUGUGAGAAAGUAGGGGGGGAUGUUAGUUUUCUCUCUUUUACCAUCUCUUGGGUACUCCCUUUUGUGGUGGAAGGUUUGUUACUAGGAUGAGAUGGGAGUUUUUCGGGGAAGAACUAAAGUGUGGAGGGUAACUCCUUUGUGCCUGUUUUAGAUAAUUUGGCAAGAAUGGAAAAGGAAAUCUUUUGACAGAAUGGAGCAGCCAGAUCUAUCUCCAAAAAAUUCAGUCUUUUGCUCCCUUUCCUGGGUCUUGUUCAGCUUCUCAAGCUGGUCAUUUUUUUUAUAUUUUAUAUAUUGGUUGGAUUGUGAAUAGUGGGUGGUUGGGUGUCAAAUGGAGUUGUUUUUUUGUCCCUUCUCCAUCUUUAGCUCACUUUGCAUGCCUGCCAUGUACUUGGGGUGUGCCUACCCAUUUUUGUUGGGCAUGUCCUAAUUAUUUCUUGUCUUGCCUAUAAAAAAUAAAAUAGAGAAUGGAGGAGUCAAGUGGAGUAUCGAAAGGUGGUAAGUGCUGGUUUUCCGUAGAAUCUAAGACGUUCGAAAUCUCCUUUGAAGUGGUUUGAGGUAAACUGAGAGGAACUAAUUUGGAAAGGAGCAAGGGCUUUUCCUCUUGGAUAAGAUUUGGUGAAAAGAGCUUAAGUUUACUGUUGGAAGGUGUGGAAGCCUGGUGUAGAGGUGAGUCAAGUUCGAGGCGUUCAAAAGUUUGGGAAAAAGGAGGAAGAAAGUUUAGACCGGAGUGCCGUUCUAAUGAGGCUGGUAGGUUCUUACUCUGCUCGGUUAGAGAUGUGGAGGCUAAGAAGUUCUGUCUUGUUUUUCCAGAAGGAAUUGGUUUAGUAGGGGGUUGGUUUCUGUUGGCUAAGAAGUUAAGGGCUCUUGGGGUCUCCACUCUAGCUGUGAGGUAUAGCUUCCCAGUUGUUCCAACCAUUGCGAAGGUGGGGAGUAGUGUCAAAGGUUUAGAGAAUGAGUCAGGUUCGUUUGCAGAAGUAGUGAAAAGGAAGAUAGGAGAGUUAGGGGAUUCUUUAAGGUUGCACCUAGGGGACCGGGAUCUGCUGUGCAGGGAGGAGCAGCUUGGGUGUUGUUUGGUGGGCUGUUUUGGUGGUAGUCUGGAGUCCAUUCCUCUACUGCCUUCCUUGAAGAGGUGGGUGUUUGAAAGUUGGUUGCUUAAGGGGGAUUUAAGAAUUUCUAGGCUGGGUGGGGCCCUUGUGUUAUUUGAGUUUCAAAAUAAAUGGGAAGCUGAUACGGUGCUUUUAAGAGGGAGCAGACGAUUCAAGAAUAGAGAAUUUCUCUUGCAAAGGUAGGGACCGGAAGUGGGAUGUACUUGGAAAGAGAGCCACGCUAAGGAAGUUUGGGUGAGGGUUGUAGGACUUCCUCUUCAUCUUUGGAGUAGAGAGGUUUUUAAGAGAAUUGGAGAGUGUUGUGGGGGUUUGUAGCUGUGGAUGAGGAAACUGUUUUCUUCUCUCAACUGCAGUGGGCUCGGAUUUUGGUUAAAGCUUCAGGGAAGAAAUGGCCAGGAUCUUUGUAGGUGGAGGCUGGAAACUCUUGUUGGGAGCUUAGCCUGUGGUGGGAAGCUUCACCGCGGGUGUUGCAGGCUGAGCCGAGUUCCUGGUUGUAGAUGAAAAAAAGGCGUGAGGUUGGGGAUGAAGGUGGGGGCAUUACACGCACUGGAGCUAAAGUACGGGAGCCUUAUUUUGAAUUUCAAAACAGGGGGUCAGAUGUGCAGGUGGCUUGUGGCAGUGGUCAAAGGCAUGCAUACGAUGAUAGGGGUAGGCCGGUUGUAGCUCCUGCUGAGGGCUCUUUUGCGAGUGGGCCUGGGCCCAAGUCCGUUGGUUGGGUAUCUUUUAAAGGCGCAAGUGGGCCGGUUUUAAAAGGAGCAAGGGGCUGGGCCGAGGGCCUUUCUUCCCAAAGUCCAGUGGGUUCAGGCUGGGGAAAGGUGUCAAAGGAGCAUUUUGGGCCUUUGAUUCUUGAGGCCCAUCCUAGUACUUUUGGGGAGCCCGCCUUUUUUAGGGCUCCCUUUGCGAAUGUCGGGGAUAACGUGGGGAUGAAGCAGGAGCUCCUGGCAGUGGGAGAAAUCGGUGUCGAGGGUGCGUCUCUUAACCGUCUAAAGCUCACCGACGAAGCGCUUUUGGAUGAAGCUUCUAGGUACCCCUUUCACCACAAACUCUCUCUCCUCUCUUUGGGGCUUGGGGCUUCUUCUCCUUCUCCUUUCUUGGGGCCCGUUGGUAUUGUGAUGAGGAUGGAGGGGACUUCUAGUGGGUUGUUUGAGGCAGCGGAAGGUGCAAGGAGUAGGGUUCCAUUGCGUGAAGAGAUGUCGGAAGUCUUUUCGGCCAGGGAAGGGAGGAUUUUGGCUCCGUGGGCUGCGGGAGGCGGUGCAAGUGGGUCCGAGCUAGCUAUAGUCCCUUUUGGAUUGGGUUUGGAGAGUCCUUUAGCGGAGAGGAUGGCCCUUCAUCUGGAAGAGGGGGAGGGAGAAGAAGGUUGGAGUUCCAGCUGCCUUGCGAAGUUCAGUCGUUGUCUGGGUAUGCUGACAGAAGGCUUCUCUUCACCAUCGUGGCUGAUGUUUUAAGUAGACUAAUUGUGAGAGCAGAAGAGAGAGGUGUUUUUGUGGGGUUUUUGGUGAUUAGAGAUAGGACUAGGGUGUCUCAUUUACAAUUCACGAAUGACUCCAUCUUUUUCUCUUGAGCAUCCUUGGAAGGGCUAUAGUCUCUUAAGCUAAUUUUAUUAGUGUUUGGGCAUUUGUCAAGGUUAAGGAUUAAUCUAAAUAAAAACACUCUCUUUGGA